AUGACGCUCUCCAAGCCCUUCUCCGGUACACCCACACAGCAGAUUGAAGUGAUUCGUAGCCACAACGGUUCGGCCUCUAUCCGCCGCACCGACAAAUCUGACAACGGCACCUCUGACGAGAAGAAGGGGGACGUCCCCGCCGACGACGUCAAAGAGCUCCUCUCCCUCGUCUCCACACUCCGCGGCUUCCCCUCCAACGCGUCGAAGGACAUCUACGGCGCGGACGUCAAGGUCGACUUCAACACUAUAGAGAUCCAGUGGAGCAACAGCGACGACGAUAGCGCGAGUGAUGUGGUGAAUGAGAUUGUGGGCGAGCAGAAGGAUGAGUUCAAGAGGGUCGCAGAUAGCAUUGAGGCGCUUGCGAGGACGUUUGCUAAGAAGGACUCUGCUGUCUAG